CUGACGACGCAGGUCAGGAGGAGGGCUCGAGCCGUGUGCGCGUCGUAUUGAAACAGUUGUUAAAUUUCUAUUAUUAUCUCAAUAUCUGUCGGUGUAGGAGGAAUUUUGCACUAACAGUUUUUUCUGUUAGUUAUUUAGUUUUAAUGAGUUUUCGGUUCACAGUAAUUAUGACUCGUUCUUCGGAACUAACAGACCGAAGGGAUGCUGAUAUACAGUUUUUUCGUUCUCAAAUGGGCUGUGAUGAUGAUGAUGAUGCAUCAUCAACUUCCUCUGAUGAGGGGACAGACCGGCACAUUUGUUUAUGUGCCGGUCAGAACUUGCCUGCUCUACAAAGAAGGUGACGUUCAUUAAGCCAAACUCGAGGCUUCAAAACAGCAGUUCACAAACCAAUGGGUGACGUCACGUUGUUUGCCACUUGUAUGGGUGCUGAACAGUGGAGGGCAUCAGGAGGCCGCCUUAAAAUAGUACAAAUCUUAUUUUUAUUUUUGCCACAUGUCACACUCAUUAGAGCACAUUUAAAAAAAACAAAGCCAUCGUUUAUUUAAAUUUAAAAUGAUCUGACACUCUACGGAUUCUCUUGUGAUCUCAUCCAUUUCAACGGCAACUAAAACAAUAUACUUAUAUUUCUCAUAAAAUAUUUCCUUACUUAUUGGUGUAUCUAUUCUAUACACGUGUCUUUAAUCUUGUUUACCCCUGGCUCUGUUUGUUAUUUGUAUGAUGACUGUUAAAUAAGGUUGUGAAAAAAGUGAGGACACUACUGUCUUAUUGGUCAUAUUCGACGAGCAUGUUAUCCUCACUGUGAAAGAAGUGGUUAUUAUGAAUAACAAACCCUCGAAAAGGGCCUCUAUGGUGCCUGUAAUGACUUUAAAAUCUGAUGUAUUCCUAUCUUUUUUUGAGGAAAAAGUCUAUCCGAGGACAGUUUAAUUGUAUUUCUCGGUACAAAUCGCAUAACGUUUAAAUAUGCAUGACCACACUCGUAUGUACUGCUACAUUUACAGGUGGAACUGACAAUAUCUUGUCAGGAAAAAGGGACAACAUGCCUUUUUUUGUUCGCCACUGGUCAACUGUGAUUUCACCGCUUUAGUAUGAAGCUAUCUUAUUGGACACCUCCUCUUAAGUGCUCUCUCAUUGGCUGACGAUGACGCGGGCCCUUGAAACGACAAAGUCUCUUUAUCGGCACAUACAGACACUGGAGGAAUUUGCAGACAGCAUCGUGUUCAGAGAGGGACAGAGGGCUGUGCUGGUCCAACAGUCAGACACAAACCGCUUCAAAUCAUUCGUACAGGCUGUUUUUGUCUGCUUUGAUAAGGAGCUACAGCAGAUACCAAGCUGCAACCAGAUAUGCACCCUGCCUGAAUUGCUGGCCUUUGUUCUUAACAGCAUGAAAAGAAAAAAAAAAAGAAAUGUCUUGGCACACGGCUACAAUUAUCUCUCCUUGGCUCAUGAGGAGCGGGAUGCAGACCACUUCAAAUUCCAAGGAGAUGUAACCCAAAGUGCUGCUUAUAUCCAUGGCAGCGACUUGUGGAGGAAAGUCACAAUACGUCUUGGCACAGACAUCACACGGUACCUGUUGGAGAGCUGCUCUGUGUUCAUGGCAGUCCCUCCCUCAUGUGUUUUCCAGGUUAGCGGCGUUCCGGUAUAUGACAGGGUUUCCAUGGCGUCUGCUUCCACUGGGUUUUAUCUCCAGCCUCGCUCCAGGGCACAUAAUAGUACUCGGUUUAGAAGAAAUCAAAGCUCAGUGACCUUGAAAAGAAGACACAGAGUCGAAAAUCAAGCAGUCAGCAAGAGGAGGAACAGAAUGAAUGUAAGUGUGAAGAGGAGGAAAAGAAAGAGAGACACGGAUCACAAAGAUGAUGAGGGGGUUAUGAAUUGUUCAGGAAAGAGGAGACGAAAGGGACAGCUAGAACCCACACAGGACAACCAGCAGGUUUGCUCUGAAACAGUGGAGGAAGAGCGGCGCAUGUCUGUGGAACAAACACUAUCUAUGAAGCCUUUGGAAAAUGGUUGUACUGGUUCUAAACAGCCUGUUGAAAUUCAAACAAACAAUCUUCCCUUGGAAGGAGGACCCAGUUGGAGAUCGGGGGUUUUCCCUCCUUUUCCUCCAUCACAAUGUUUUAUCCGUACGCUGGGAUUCCUGUAUGGGGGAAGGGGAAUGCGUGGCUUCCUUCUCAACAGGAAAAAGAAGAGCUCUGUUGGAUCCAGAAGGCUACAAGGGCGAGAUCUAGUAAGAAUAGUCUUCUUUGAGGGACUGGCUUAUCUAAACAGACUAGACAAGAAGCUAAAGAAACUCCCCCAACGCUUUUUUAACAUGGUCCCCCUGUUCAGUCAGAUAUUGCGUCAACACAAGAGGUGUCCGUACAGCAGAAUACUGCAGAGGAUGUGUCCACUGGUGAAAGAGAGCGAUGGAGGACAGGGAGAACUGAGCUCCCUCUUGCCUCAACACUGUGCACCUCACCGGGUCUACCUGUUUGUCAGGGAAUGCCUUUCUGCUGUGGUCCCACAUGAGCUGUGGGGCUCUGAUCACAACCGACUUAAUUUCUUUGUCAGGGUCAGGGGUUUCCUGCGCAGUGGCAAGUUUGAGAAGCUUUCAUUGGCUGAAUUGCUGUGGAAGAUGAAGGUGAAUGACUGUGAUUGGUUGAAGAUCAGUAAGACAGGCAGGGUCCCGCCCAGUGAGCUCUCAUACCGGACACAGAUCCUGGGUCAGUUCCUGGCUUGGCUUCUGGAUGGCUAUGUUGUAAGCCUCGUCCGAGCCUGCUUUUAUGUCACUGAGAGCAUGGGCCAGAAGAAUGCCCUCAGGUUCUACAGACAGGAAGUCUGGGCCCAACUACAGGAUCUGGCCUUCAGAGGUCACCUUUCCAAGGGACAGAUGGAGGAGUUGACUCCAGCAGAGGUGACAUCCCUCCCCAAAACCACCGUCAUCUCACGCCUUCGCUUCAUUCCCAAGACUGAUGGCAUGAGGCCUAUCACACGAGUCAUAGGAGCAGAUGCCAAAAUGAGGCUCUACCGAGGGCGUGUCCGGGACUUGCUGGAUAUGUUGCAGGCCUGUGUGCGCUCCACUCCAUCUCUCCUGGGCUCCACAGUGUGGGGGAUGACCGAUAUCCACAAGGGGCUGCAGUCUCUGGCUCAAGCCCAGAAGGACAAACCACAACCCCUCUACUUUGUUAAGGUGGAUGUGAGUGGAGCCUAUGAGAGUCUGCCUCAUGACAAACUCACUGAGGUGGUUGGCCAGGCCCUGUCACCUGUCCAAGAUGAGGUCUUUACCAUCCGCCGCUAUGCCAAGAUCUGGGCUGAUCCCCAUGAAGGCCUGAAAAAGUCCUUUGUUAGACAGGCAGAUUUCCUGGAGGAUAACAUAGGAUCCACUAACAUGAAAGGGUUUGUGAUGUCACUGCAGAAAAGGAGCAAAGUUCAUCACGCCAUACUGGUUGAGCAGCAUUUCUGCUCAGAUCUUCUCGGCAGAGAGGCAAUGCAGUUUUUCACCCAGAUGCUAACUGGCAGCAUUGUUCAGUUUGGGAAAAAAACGUACCGUCAGUGCAGAGGAAUUCCUCAGGGAUCGGUUGUGUCCAGUCUGCUCUGUUGUCUCUGCUACGGUCACAUGGAGAAUGUGCUUUUCAAAGAUAAAACUGAAAAAAAAGGGUGUCUGAUGAGACUGGUGGACGACUUCCUUCUGAUCACCCCAGACUUACACGAAGCACAAACAUUCCUCAAGAUCUUGCUGGCUGGGGUUCCACAGUAUGGUUUAGUGGUCAACCCGCAGAAGGUGGUGGUCAACUUUCAACUUUCAGGAGGCGUUGGCUCUUGUCCCGGCAUUCGCGUGCUGCCCCCUCACUGCCUCUUCCCCUGGUGUGGACUGCUGCUGGACACAAACUCACUGGAUGUCCACAAAGACUAUUCUAGCUUCGCAGGCCUGUCUCUGCGCUACAGCCUUACUUUGGGCUCUUUCCACUCAGCUGGACAGCAAAUGAGGAGGAAACUGAUGGGCAUCCUCAGACUCAAAUGUCACGCCCUGUUCUUGGACCUCAAGACCAAUUCUCUUGCGGCAGUCUACAAAAACAUCUACAAGCUGGUUCUGCUUCAUGCGUGCAGGUUCCAUGUGUGUGCCCAAAGUUUGCCAUUUGGUCAGACGGUUGCUAAGAACUCUGUCUACUUCCUGCACAUGAUAUGGGACAUGGCUGAGUACGCCAACCACCUCAUCAGGCUCAGCAACAAAGGACUGAUUUUAGGCAGUAAGGCUCAGACAGGCACCGUGCAGUAUGAAGCAGUGGAGCUUCUUUUCUGUCUUUCCUUCUUGCUGGUGCUGUCACAACACCGUCCUCUCUAUAAGGAUCUGAUCCCACACCUGCACAAACGGAAACGCAGUCUGGAGCGGCGUCUGGGGGAUCUGAGGCUGGCCAGGGUCCGACAGGCCACUAACCCCAGGACCCCAGUUGACUUCUUGGCCAUCCAGAUGUAAACUACCACCUAACCUCAGUUACUGCUUCCAGCCACCAAGAAACCCCUCAUCAGCUGAAAGGUUUGCGAGAGAGUAAGAUGAGCAGUGUGUUGAAAUCAGUAACUUGGAUUUAUCUGAUCUGUCCGUGCCAAAAAAUGUAAUGUAUCUGUUAUAGUGUCAGGGAAGCUGGCUGCAGAGAAAGAGAGCAAAAACAGCUCUGUUAUAAAACACUGAAACGAUAAACUUAAGUCAUAAACACACCCAAUAAAACAACAACCUCCAUAUAUCAAUAAAGAUGGAUGAAUGAAUAUCAUCCAGCUACUCUACUA